AUGUGUGGUAUAUUUGCAGCAUUCAGAGUAAAGGAUGUGGAAUCCUUCAAACCCAAGGCUUUACAAUACUCCAAGUUAAUUAGACACAGGGGUCCCGACUGGUCAGGUAACAUUAUUUGUUCUAAUGAUACGAUAUUUUGUCAUGAGAGAUUAGCUAUUGUUGGUUUGGAUGCAGGUGCACAACCAAUAGUUUCACCCGAUGGCAGAUUUACUUUGGCUGUUAAUGGAGAGAUAUACAACCAUAUACAGUUGAGACAACACUUUCAAGACUAUAAAUUCAACAGUUUAAGUGACUGUGAGCCGAUUAUUCCACUUUUUGUAGAGUAUGACAUUGAUGCACCUAAACAUUUAGACGGUAUGUUUGCUUGGGUGUUGCAUGAUAAGGAAUCGGAUAGGAUUGUAGCCGCAAGAGACCCUAUUGGUAUUACAACUUUGUACAUGGGUAAAUCUUCCAAAUCUCCAGAAACCAGAUAUUUUGCUUCGGAAUUGAAAUGUCUUGUUGAAGAAUGCGACACUAUUGAAGCUUUCCCACCAGGACACAUUUAUGAUUCAAACACUGAUAAAAUAGUAAGAUACUUUCAACCUUCAUGGUGGGAUGACAGUAGGAUUCCCGAAACCCCAGUUGACUACACCGAGAUUAGAGAAACUUUGGAAUUAGCAGUGAGGAAAAGAUUGAUGGCCGAAGUUCCUUAUGGUGUUUUAUUAUCCGGUGGAUUGGAUUCGAGUUUAAUUGCUUCAAUUGCGGCUAGAGAAACCAAAAGAGCAAAUGAAAAUGCAGCAAAAUCACACCAACAAGGUAUUGAUGCUAACAAAGAAUUAUCGGGUGUUGAUGCUUCAGGUUCGUUACAUUCGUCAGGUGGGUUUAACCAACUACACUCUUUUGCCAUUGGGUUGCCCGGCGCUCCAGAUUUGAUUGCUGCAGAAAAAGUAGCUCAUUACAUUGGAACUAUUCAUCAUUCACACACAUUUACUUUAGAAGAAGGUAUAGAUGCAUUAGAUGACGUGAUAUAUCAUUUGGAAACAUAUGAUGUUACCACAAUAAGAGCAUCAACGCCAAUGUAUUUGUUGUCCCGUAAAAUUAAAGCACAAGGAGUCAAGAUGGUUUUGUCUGGUGAAGGAUCAGAUGAGAUCUUUGGUGGGUACUUGUAUUUUGCAAAUGCUCCAAAUUCGGCAGCAUUUCACGAAGAAUGUGUGAAGAGAGUUAAAAACUUACACUAUGCUGAUUGUUUAAGGGCCAACAAAUCAACAAUGGCAUGGGGUUUAGAAGCAAGAGUUCCCUUUUUAGAUAAACAGUUUUUGGAAGUUUGUAUGAACAUUGACCCUAAGGAAAAACUCAUAACUCCAGAUCACAUUGAAAAAUAUAUCUUGAGAAAAGCAUUUGAUACUAAAGAUCAUCCAUACUUACCUGACGAAAUCCUUUGGAGACAAAAGGAGCAAUUCUCAGAUGGUGUGGGGUACUCAUGGAUUGAUUGUCUUAAGGACACUGCCGAAAGGUUGGUUUCUGAUGAGGAAAUGGCUAAUCCUAAACCAGAGUGGGGAGAUGAUAUACCACAAACCAAGGAGGCUUACUGGUAUAGAUGUAAGUUUGAUAAGUUGUUUAACAAUUCAAAAGCUGCUGCGUCAACUGUAAAGAGAUGGAUUCCCAAAGCUGAAUGGGGAUGUCAUGCCGAUCCUUCUGGUAGAUACGCUACAACACAUGAUCAUAAAGUAGACAGCAAACAAUAG